AUGCUGGACAUUGUCUGGAAGGAAAUGGCACCCACUGUGGCUGUCGUGGGUACCGGCCUUGUCUACUUCGGUAUAGGCUUGCGCCAAUAUUCCAAGUUUACCAAGGCUCAAAGAGUCGUCUUUCAGAUCGGUCUUGUGUGCUAUCUUCUGGGCCUUUCACUGUUCGUCGCAACUCAGUUGCUGAGUCUUGUAUCUUGCAAGGAUGUUAGAGCUUAUGUGUGA